CUUGCGUUACGUCACAUCACACGGGGUACUCGUUCUCCGUAUCUUUGAGCACGAUGAGUGCCAUGACCAUGGCGUCCGCUGUGGCCGUGAAGGCCCAGCGCGUGGGGGGAGUUCGUCGCAUUACCGCGAAGCUCGGUGGCGUUCAGCUGAACUCCAAGAGCGUCCAGAUGCGCCGUGCGGGCGGCAGGAAGAGCAUGGGUGUGUUCGCGGCCGGGCUCGACUUUGCCGAGCUCGAGCAGGCGGCGAGUGUUGACGAGGCGGACGAAUGGACCCCCCCCGUGCGCGCGACUCGCAAGGAUGGCAAGAGCGCCAAGGAGGCGAGGCAGUCCAAGCGCUUCCGCAAGGCGCAGGCUGCGGUGCCCGGCCGCAUGAACCCGGUUGAGCCUUCGGAGGCUGUCAAGCUCAUGCUCGCCAACGCCACCGCCAAGUUCGCCGAGACCGCCGAGUGCCACAUCCGCCUCAACAUCGACCCCAAGUACAACGACCAGCAGCUCCGCGCCACCGUCGCCCUCCCCAAGGGCACCGGCAAGACUGUUCGCGUCGCCGUGCUCACCUCUGGCGACAACAUCGCCGCGGCCAAGGCGGCGGGUGCCGACUUCGCGGGUGCGGACGAUCUCGUGGAGGAGAUCGCGGGUGGCAUGAUGGACUUUGACCUUCUCAUCGCCUCCCCGGACAUGAUGCCCAAGGCUGCCAAGCUCGGUCGCGCUCUCGGUCCCAAGGGUCUCAUGCCCAACCCCAAGGCUGGCACCGUCACCGCCGACGUCGCCACCGCCGUGGGUGAGUUCAAGGGUGGCAAGGUUGAGUUCCGCGCCGACAAGCAGGGCAUCGUUCACGUUCCCUUCGGCAAGACCAACUUCAAGGACGCCGACCUCAUUACCAACCUCGAGGCGGUUGUCGACGCCAUCAACACUAACCGCCCCCCUGGUGCCAAGGGCAUCUACUGGAAGAGCAUGUACAUCGCGUCCAGCAUGGGCCCCUCCGUCCAGGUGGACUACUCUGUGAUGCAGAAGUAAGUCAACCGCGGCGGACAUUCUUUCAUUGAUACUUGGUUGGAGUGAAUUUAGCGAGAGCGAGCGCCUCAGAGGCAAAUGAAAUGUGAAUAACAGCGAAGUUAAAAACG